ACGUCAGGAAGGAGGAGCGACGCAAGCUGCCAGCCCAGCAUCGCGCGGGGCCACUUGCGAGAGAAAGGGAGAACAACAGAUGCAACAACCCUGCUCCCCGUGUUGUUUUUAAGCCGCCGCCUUCCGCAGAUAGUGUUUCCCACCCUCCUGUUUUGGCUUUUCUCCUUUGUGUCUCCAUCCGCGCCUGCCGGUGGCUUCUCUCGCGGGCUUCUCUCUCUCGCCCUUCUCCCGCUGCUCCUCCAGGCCGAUUUGCCGUGGAUCAGGAUGGCUAAGAAGCGCAAGGGGGUCGUGCAGCUGCCGGGGGUGGGCAAGAAGCUCAAGGGAGAAGUUGCAGCCUCCGCCUCCUCCUCCUCCUCCGGUCCUAAAACGCAGCAGCAGCAGCAGCAGCAAGAGGAUGAUUUUGAAGAGGAAAAACCCAGUCAGAAGAAAAGGUUGCCCAAAACAGCUUCUGGAAAAAAGAAGGAAAAGGAACGGGAGAGGGAAAUCUUUCAACCACCAUGCAGAAAUUCGAAUCAGAAAGGACCAAAGCCCAAAGUGAAAGAGGAAAAGAAUAAAGUGGCAGAAAGUAAAGGGUCUUGUAAAAAAAGGGUAAAAUGCAGUGGUCAGCAGAGCACUCCUCUAAAGAAGGAAACAAAUGCAAAAAAAGAAUCUCCCGUCACAAAGAGAGCAAGAGAUGAAGAAGAAGAUGGUGAUGAUGAUGAUGAAGAUGAUGAAAGUGAGGAUGAGUGGGAAGAUGUGGAAGAACUUCAUCAACCUGAGAUAGAGAUACUCAAAGAACUUCCUGCACCGGCGUUGCCCAACAAAACAGUUGAGAUAGAAAUUGAGACACCCGAGCAGGCGAAGAAAAGAGAGAGAAGAGAGAAAAGGCAGGCCGAGUUUGAGACGUAUCUGCGGAGAAUGAUGAAGCGCUUCAACAAGGGAGUUCAUGAAGACACACACAAGGUCCACCUAUUGUGCCUGUUAGCCAAUGGCUUCCAUAGAAACAGGAUCUGCUCUCAGCCGGAUCUCCAGGCGAUCGGCCUCUCUAUCAUCCCCACUCAUUUUACUAAAGUGCCUGCGGGCCGCGUAGACCGCCUGUUCCUGUCAAAUCUUGUGAAGUGGUUUGUUGCGACUUUCACUGUCAACGGGGAGCUCUCUGAUAAUGAAGAAAGUUGGCAGUCCACCCUAGAGAGGCGUUUUGCUGUGUAUGCUGCACGAGAUGAGGAGGAAUUGGUUCAUAUAUUUUUACUCAUUCUGCGAGCGUUGCAGCUACUGUGCCGCCUUGUGUUGUCUCUGCAGCCCAUUCCUCUGAAAGUGCCGACGGGAAAGGGAAAGGCCACCUCCUCCAAGAAGCGCUCUCUCAGUGCAGUUUCCGAGGAAUCGGAUGGCUCUGCCAAAAAGCCUAAACGUGCCUCGAAAAAAUGUGCAGGGCCUGUUAAGGCCAAGCCGGAGGCAGGCCAAGAGAAGGUCCUGUCAAGGAGCCAGGAAGCUGACAGGAAAUCAGCCCCAACAGGAGCCAAAAGGACAGUAAAUAAACCUACUGCACUCAGGAGUUCUCAUGAAGAAGAACCUGGUGUGAGCAACCUGAGGGAAAAGGGAGGGUUGGGGAGGACCAAAAAUGACCGCCUACGAAAAGUGGCUUCAAAAGUGUCAUAUAAAGAGGAGAGUGGCAGCGAUGAUGGCAGAGAUUCUGAAUUCCAUGCUUCAGAGGAAGACGAGGAUGAAAGUAGCAUCUCUGGAGACUUCGAAACUCCCAAGAGGAAACAGAGGUCGUCACUAGGGACCCCAAAAGCAAAAGCAGCUCUUAACAGCAGGCGGAAGUCUGGGCCUGCGGUGCUGAAUGUACCCAAGAACUCUCGGACGGUUGAGAGUUCGCUGGGGGAAGCGGCUACCCCAGGCUCUUCAAACCCCUCAAAGAAAAGGAACAAAAUAAUUUCUAGCGAUGAGGACGAAGGAGGCAAUGUGGGACCAGGUAAACAGAGGGGCACUGACCAGUGGCUGGAGGUUUUUUCUCGAACGGAGGACAAGUGGGUCAGUGUGGACUGCGUCCAUGGCACCGUUGGGCAGCCUCUGCUGUGCUUCAGACAUGCCACAAAGCCAGUGUGCUACAUCAUCGGCAUUGAAAACGGGUGCGUCAAGGAUGUGACACAAAGAUACGACACGGCGUGGAUGACGUCAACAAGGAAGUGCCGCGUGGAUGCCGAAUGGUAAGACACUUUGGAACCGUACAGAAGCCCUUUUGUGGAGCGAGAGAGAAAGGAAGAAAGGGAGUUUCUAGUUAAACUUCAAGAACAGCCCCUCCCUACAGCCAUUGGUGAAUACAAGAACCACCCGCUUUAUGCCUUGAAGAGGCAUCUCCUUAAAUACGAAGCCAUCUAUCAGACAGCUGCUAUACUAGGGUAUUGCCGUGGGGAGGCUGUUUUCAGGUGAGAGUCAUCUGCCAGAGACUGUAUUCAUACGCUGCACUCCAAAGACACCUGGUUGAAGCAAGCUCGAGUGGUCAGGAUUGGCGAGGUGCCUUAUAAGAUGGUUAUAGGCUACUCCAACCAAGCGAGGAAAGCACGGAUGGCAGAACCAGCAAACAGAGACAAAAAGGACUUGGCUCUGUUUGGUCUCUGGCAAACGGAGGAAUAGCCCCCUGUUGCUGUGGAUGGAAGGGUUCCCCGGAAUGAAUUUGGGAAUGUGUAUCUCUUCCAACCCAGCAUGUUGCCCAUAGGCUGUGUGCAGCUAAAGCUUCCCAUCCAUAGAGUGGCGCGUAAAUUGGAUAUUGACUGUGUCCCAGCUGUUACUGUUGAUUUUCAUGGUGGCUACUCGCACCCAGUCACCGAAGGUUAUGUGAUCUGCGAAGAGUACAAAGAAGUGCUUGUUGCAGCGUGGGAGAACGAAGAAGCCGAGAGAGAGAAGAAAGAAAAGGAGGUGGGAAUCACUCUGAGAGUUGGAGCAGCAGGAACUGACACUGCCAGAAAUUGGCAGCGUUACAGAUCUAAUACAGAAGCUGAGAAGAGAGUCCUGGGGAACUGGAAAUUGCUGACAAAAGGGCUUCUGAUCAACGAGAGACUGAAGAGACGCUACUCUACUAAGAAUGAGGCAGCAGGAGCAAUGGUGACUCCGGGAGGAGGGUUCUCCUCUGAUGAGGAUGAAGGAGGCGGAGAACCAAGCUCAGAGACACCAGCUGGGGAUGUGGAAGUUUCUUGGCCCCAAAAUCGGCAACUGGAACAAGAGAAGGAGGGUGGGAAAAGGACUAGAAAGAGCAAGAGGGAAAAGAAAGCUGAAGCAAAAUACUUGUUCCCAUUUGAGAAGCUGUAACUGGAAGCAGCCACUGUGGCAAAGAAAAGAAGAGUCUUUUUUUAAUGAAACCAACUUGUAAAUAGCUUCAGGUUUAGGAAAUAAUAUUUUUUUAUUUGCUGCAAGAUGGGACGUUUUGACUCAAUAUGUUCAGAGAGCAAUUGUUUGUGUGUGAAAAUACUUCUGGCGAGAAUAAAUCAGGGAGUUCAUAGGAACCUUUUUAAGUCUUGGCCAUAAAAUACACAUUUUACUCCAUUUGCAGUUGCAAAUGUGGAUUGUGCCAAGUUGGCUAAAAGAGCUUAGAAUUAGGUAUGUUUUUAUUACCCUCUCUUCAGAGGAGUGAGCCUUGCUCCUUUGUAUUUGUGGAGUUACGAGGAACAGGCUGGUUUAGACCAGUUGUGGGGGAUUCUGUGACUCCCCAGAAGUAGCUGGGACUACAAAUCUCAUCAUCCUUGGCCCCUGACCUUGCUGGCUGGAGUUGCAGUCCAACAGGUUCCCCACCUCUAUCUUAGGUGCUAUCAGUCAAGACUCCUUGUGAAUGCUGUUUCCCCUUGAACAUUUUUGUAAUUCCUUGGUUAGUAGUGUCUCUUUCACUGUCCUCAUCCCUUCUGUUUGUCUGAAAGACGAUUUACACCUUCAAGCCAUUGAUGACAUACUUGGGCUUGAAGGUGGUGAUGUCCUUUGCUUGUAAAGAGUUUAAAACUUUUUUGGCUUCAGGAAAAGGUGCGGGCCACCCACAUUUUGGGCACAGUCCCCCAUGAAAUUUGCCAGGACAAGCAACACAGAAGCAAGUGGAGAGAGUGCCAGAAGAAAAACAUUUAUUGUGCUCUUGCACAUUUCCCCACUUAUUUCUAGAGAGCUUGUGCAAGAGACACAAAUGUGAACCUUUUUGCUAGUUAAAAAAGUAUGUAGGAACUUUGGGUAGAGGGACUUCUCAAGAAUCAUUUAGUUUUUUAUUUGUCUCUCUUCCUUCUGCAUCCUCAUAAUUAUAAGCCAUGUCUGUUUUGAGCACUGAACUGAAGUUACGAUGGCGCCCGUCUGAAACGGUCCGAGUGAGCACAAUAUAAACAGAACUGACAUAUAAGGAUAUAUGCUUGCAUUCUGCUGUUACUUAAUGAUCACUGGUCAAUGACUUGUUUGCCUCUUCUAUAGAGUGCUUUCACUUAUACACACUUUUUGCUACAAAAAAAUGUUAAUGAUACCACUUGACACAGCUUUAAAAAUUACACAUUUUUACUUGUCUGAAAAAUUUUGCAGGUUUUUUU